AUAAGGUACACUCAAACAGGUUUGGUAAAUCCGGCGUUCCUUGAACGCAUCGAAAGAAAACACACUCCGCCUCCGUCAUCACGCACAGCGACGUAACCCGCUCGACCAAUCAGGUGAGCAGCCCGCAGCUCAGGAAAGAAGCCGAUGAUAUGGCAGCUUCGAGAGCGAUCUGGUGGAACUUGCUUUGUUAAAAAAAGAAGAGAAAACCCCCUUUUGAUUAUGAACACGCGCUGUCCUCGAGACGGCAGCCGCGCGACAUGAUUUACGUGAUAUUGAUGUCCGCGUUCUCCGGGGCGGUCGUUACGCUGAUGCUGCAGUUUCUGUUGAUCUACCGGAGGAGCCCGGAGCCCACGGGCAGGACGGUGCAGUACGUCAAAGUGGUGCCCGGGGACGCGCUGAAGGAUUACUUCAACACCCACCGCGCGGAGCCGGGUCCGACGGAGGCCGGGAAGCAGCAGGAGGCCGCCGCCUGCGCGAGGCAGCAGGAAGCCCCCGGCACCGGCGGCGGAGGCAGCCCCAAACAACAACAGCCGCCUCCCGUCGGCGAGCCCACCGACGCGGCCAGACCCGAAACGUGCAAUUUCCUCAACGCCAUAUUCCGGUUUCUCUUCAGGGAGCUGCGGGACACCCCCGCCGUGAGACACUGGCUCACCAAGAAGAUCAAGGUGGAGUUCGAGGAGCUGCUGCUGACCAAGACGGCGGGCCGGCUCCUGGAGGGGCUCAGCCUGCGGGACAUCUCGCUGGGCGACUCGCUGCCCGUCUUCAAGACGGCCACGCUCAUGAAGCCCGUGCACCUGAACGAGGACGGCAUGUCCGAGGAGCUCAACUUCGAGGUGGACAUCGAGUACAAUGGCGGCUUCCACCUGGCCAUCGACGUGGAGCUGGUGUUCGGCAAGUCCGCCUACCUGUUCGUGAAGAUGCGGCGCGUGGUGGGCAGGCUGAGGCUGCAGUUCACGCGCAUGCCCUUCUCCCAUUGGUCCUUCUCCUUCCUCGAGGACCCGCUGGUGGACUUCGAGGUGAAGUCCCAGUUUGAGGGGAGGCCGCUGCCUCAGCUCACCUCCAUCAUAGUGAACCAGCUGAAACGGGUGAUCAAAAAGAAGCACACCUUGCCCAACUACAAGAUCAGAUACAAGCCCUUCUUCCCGUUCCAAGUGCAGCCGCUGCUGGGUUCCACUUGUGAUCUGGACCUGUCCAUCCAGGACAGCAGGCUGGUGGACGGCCGACUCAGAGUCACUCUCAUUGAAUGUAGCAGACUGUUCAUCCUGGGCUCCUACGACAGAGAAACCUAUGUCCACUGCACCCUGGAGCUGAGCAGCCACCAGUGGAAGGAGAAGACUCGCACCUCCAUCAAACGGACGGAGGUCAUCAAGGGGCCGUGUGGCAGCGUCGGGAUGACGUUCAGGCACGUUCCUGCCAGCGAGGGCGACGCGGUGCAUGUCAGCAUUGAGACGGUGACGCCCAACUUUCCUGCGGCCUUGGCAGACCUGCAGAGGGGGGAUCGUCUCAUCGACAUAGGAGGUGUCAAAGUAACAUCCUCGGUUCAAGUGCCCAAACUGUUGAAGCAGGCUGGAGACAGGGUGGUGAUACUUUAUGAGAGACCUGUUCGUCACCAGACUACCUCUUCUUUUGGAAGUCUCGGGACUCUUCAGGAGGGGUUUGGGCAGCUGGAGGAAACUGGUUUUAUUUCACAGCCAGGGGGUUUUGAGGAAGACCCAGCCCCUAUCACCACCCUUUCUGACAUAUCCGACCACAAAGACAUGGACUCUGAGUUUGAAGAGUUGAUUGUAGACUCCAAACUUAGCCAGAGUGGUGGCCCUAACAGCAGCACCACAAAUACCAGUGACACGAAGGAGGAUUCCUUACUUACUGUAAACCAAAGCCCCAAAAGGACUGUGGCCAACCUGGCCUCUAAGCCCCUUGGUACCAUAUCACCUAUCCUUAGCCGCAAGUUGAACCUGGUGGGUCUCCAGUCACCACUAAAGCCCCAGCCCAAAGAAUCACCAAAGCCCUCACCACAUAAAACCCAUAGUGAUCCAAUGGAGGGUCUGCAACGCCCCACUGUCCCUCCCCCACCUCCUCCUUCUCGCCCCCCAGUACCACCGAGACCUCAGAUAAGGUUGACAUCAGCCUCCUCAGAAACCAGUCUUUUGGAAGGCAUUGAUUCUUUUACAACGACUAAUGUCACAGUUGUUCCUACCACGACAAACACCAUCAGCACUACUGAGAAAUCUCUCACUGGAGCCAAUGAAGAUAAGAUCGGCACUGAGAAGAUAUGCGUCAAACAGGCUGAGGCAAAGCAGUCCACUAGGCCUGCAGAGUCCAGUGAUGAGCUGCCAGUCCAUUCCACUGUGACCAGCAGCAACAAAGCUGAUCAAGCAAAGGACAAAACAUCAGAGAGCUCCUGCAGAAUGCAGGAAAGUCUAGAGGACCGUUCCCUCUGGGAAUCCCCAGAAACCAUGUUUCGUAACCAGACGGCAUGCUGGCCCAAGGCCUCUGUCCUGUUUGAGGUGGAGGGCAACCAUAAGUACCUUAAUGUAGCUCUGUGGUGCAAAGAUCCCUUUAAGCUAGGCAGUUUGUUGUGCCUGGGUCAUGUCAGCCUCCAGCUGGAGCAUAUAGCCCUGGAAUGCAUGGCCACAUCUUCAGCUGAGUACCAGAGCACCUUUAGGUUGGGGCCUCCAGAGCCCAGAGCUAAUGUCAGUCGCACUGCGCUACGCAGCCUUAGCAGCCACAAGGGCUUCAAUGAGAAGCUGUGUUAUGGAGAUGUUACUCUGAACUUCUGUUACGUAGCUGAGGGAGACUUUGAGUGUUCAGGAGGGCUGGCAGAAAGGGAGCGACAGGGGAGUCUCCAUGAUGAGGACCUAAGGGAGAGGGAGCAUAUCCCCACUGCACAGCGUGAUGACUUAGCCUACAGCUCCAUGCAGUUGGUGGAGCUUCGUCACAACUUCCAGGACACCCAGUUCCAGAACCCCACGUGGUGUGAAUACUGCAAGAAGAAAGUUUGGACCAAGGCAGCCUCUCAGUGUAUGGCCUGCGCCUACGUUUGCCACAAGAAAUGCCAGGACAAGUGUCUCGCUGAAAAUCCCUUCUGUGUGGCGGCGACUGAACGUCGUGGAGCUGACCCUGAGGCCAAAUCCACCAUCAACCGGGCCACCACUGGCCUCACGCGUCACAUUAUCAACACCAGCUCCCGCCUGCUUAACCUCCGCCAGGUGCCCAAGACUCGGCUGGUUGAGCAGGUGGCUGAUGUGGUGCCUGGAGCGGUGGAGCCCUCACCCAAGCAAACACCCAACACUUCAGACAAUGAGAGCAGCGAUACCGAGACCUACACGAGUGGCGCCAGCCCCUCAAAGCAUCAUGGCGGCAGUGGUGGCAGUAGUAAACUUGUACGGAAGGAAGGUGGGUUGGAUGACAGUGUGUUCAUUGCUGUGAAGGAGAUAGGCCGCGACCUGUACCGGGGGCUGCCCACAGACGAGCGCUCUCAGAAGCUGGAGUUGAUGCUGGACAAGCUACAGCAGGAAAUUGACCAGGAGCUGGAGCACAAUAACGCCCUGCUGCUGGAGGAGAGGGAGGCCACAGAUGUCCGGCGCAAGGCCCUAAUUAGUACUGCCCUGGCCAAGUCUGGGGAGAGACUCCAGGCCCUCACCCUGCUGAUGAUCCACUACCGAGCGGGCAUCGAGGACCUGGAGUCGGUGGAGAGCACCUCUCCUUCAGAGCAGCAAGGCUUCAAAGGCAAAGGAGAAGGCUUGGAGGAAGAGGCCCUGAUGGGGACAGAGGUCUAUGACAGUGACAUAUGCAGCCCUGCGGAGGUGCAACUGCUGGAUGACAUUACGGAGGAGCAGAUCUGUGUGGAGGCGCUCCACUAAACACGACUAGAAGGGAGAACGAAGAGGAACGUGUGCUUUGGGCUCGCGCCUCCCAAGGAAAUUAUGUUUGUUUAAGGAGAUUAGGGAAUUUCAGCAGUCCAUUUGAAAUAUUGCAUAUGUUGGGGUCGGAUGUUUUGAUUCACACGUUUUUUUGGGGGUGUUUUUUCACGUGAAGAAACGGGCUGGGCAAAGGACUUUCCUCCCUAAGGUUUCAUGUUAUUGAUGUUUUGAUUUGCACAAUAUGAUGGCGUUUCCAUGCACUUGGUUUUUUUAAGGGAAGCUUGCGAGCUGCACUAGUAUCUGCCCUCAGUCGUGCUGCAUGCGUAUCCUCCAGUUUUGUUAAUCUGCGGCUUCAAAAUGUCUUUUUUAAGCAAUUGAUUCACUUUCUUGUCUCUAACUGCUUUGUCAUAAUGUACACAUGUCUGUCAUCUUAACUUUGGGGAAGGAAAUGAAUUGUUUGAUAUUUCCUGUGAGCGACACGCCUAUAUGAAGGUGACAUAUUUGAGUCGAUAACCGUGAGGAUACUACCAGGGAAAAGCAGGUUCAGACCUCCAGAUGAACGUGUCAUUAAGUUUUAUUAAGCAAGCUGUUUGUUAUACAUAUCUUUCUUUGUUUUAAGCGUUUUUUUUAAAAUACAGUAAUAUAUUUGGAUUCUCCCUGCUCACUAACCUCUUUUGGAUUUCAGCAGCUGCAUACUCAUUAGUGGAGUCUUUUUUUAAUAUAUAGUUUGGUGUAUUGGUAAGGCCAAACAUGUUUUACAUGUUAGCCAUAUUUUUUCUUUUCCCGAGGUGGUAAUUGUCCUGCGUUAUAAUUAAUCAAUUUCUUAAGCAGUUCUUUUAUUAUGUCUAGUUAAGUCACAUUUUUGUUCAGAACACCAACUUCUAAAACUCAACUAUGGCACAUUGGUAACUUUCAUUGUGAGAAAUACAUAUUUGAUACUUAA